AUGCCUGUCCCUAGAUGGGAGUCCCUGGUAGCGAACCUGUACCAACUGCAAAGCCCAAAGGUUUUGCUCUUGAUGUGGACGCAGAACAUUGACCUUCGGAUGCAGGUGCAGGCCAUGGAGUUAUUCUCUGGGGAGGCAAGGGUGUUAGUGUUGGCUAUAGUGAUGAGAGAAUCCCCUGAUUCCCUGAAUGUCCUAGUCUACAAGGCCUUCUAUUUGCAACGAUAUGGUCAGUACAUCAACUCUCAGGGUGUGAAAAGAUUCGUUGGUGACAAGAAGGGGCUCAAAGAAAGUGG